AUGAUUCCUCCGGCUACACUUGCUGUACUUGCCAUCAUGUCUCCCCAAGCUCUUCUAGCCCUCGGGCUUCUAGCUUACACGCUCACCAUUGCCAUCUACCGACUCACCUUCCACCCUCUCGCCAACAUCCCAGGACCAAAGCUUGCCGCGAUAACCCAGCUGUAUCAAACAUUCUACUGCUACUACAGGAACGAGAGCCGGUUCUACCAGCACAUUGACCACCUGCACGAGCAGUACGGGCCCGUGGUCCGCAUCACGCCGUCGGAAGUCUCGCUCAACGACCCUUCCAACUAUGGCAAAAUCUACCACGUGGGGACAAAGUACUACAAAGCGGCGUCCUACUACCGCGUCUUCGGCGCGCCGGCCGCCUUCUUCACGACGAUCCCGAACCGGCUGCACGCGGCGCGGCGGGCGCCCGUGAACCCGUUCUUCUCGCGGCGGGGUGUGCAGAGCCUAGAGCCGCUCGUGCAAGAAAAAGCCCGCGUGCUCGUGGCCCGGCUCCGGAGGGAGCUGGAUACGAAGGGCGAUUGCGAGCUCCACGACCUGUUCAGUGCGCUGAGCGUGGACGUGGCGAGCGAGUAUGCGUUUGAUGACUGCUACGGGCUGCUCGAUGCCGAGGGCUACGGCAAGGCGUUUGCGGGAAUGGUGAGGGGGGUGCUGCGUUCGUUUUGGUUCUUCAUGCAGUCGGCGACGGUGGAGGCGGUUGCGUUGAGGUUGCCGCGCUGGGUUUCCGAGAUCAAUCCUGCCAUCAAGCACUACAAUGCAUUGGUCGAUGGCACACGGCAGAAAGUGGCGGAUACCAAGAAGCAGGUGGAUUCGGGCCAGGCCAGGCCGCUGCGACGAUCCAUCUUCCACGAGCUACUGACGACGCCAAUGACGCAGGGAGACGGCGAUGCGUCCCGACCACCGAGCGUGGACGACAUGACGGACAUCGCACUGACCAUCAUCGUGGCAGCGGCGGCUGCUACCGGUAACGCCUUAUCCAUGAUUGCUUACCAUGUGCUCAGUAACGUAGAAAUCCGUGACGGAUUGCGUGCGGAGCUGCUGGAAGCAUUCCCUGACGAGCAUCAACCGAUGCAGUGGGCGUCGCUGGAGAAGCUUCCGUUCCUGGCAGCAGUGAUAAAGGAAGGUUUGCGGCUGUCGUAUGGCGUCAUCGGGAGGCUGCCCCGCGUGGUGCCUGAGCCGGGUGCCGUCUUCAACGGGCAUAAGAUUCCAGCCGGGAGCAUCGUGGGCAUGUCGAGCUGGACGAUGCACCGCACGCCGUCAAUCUUCCCCGAUCCCGACAAGUUCGACCCAGGCCGAUGGAUGGACCCUGCCGCGACGCGUAGGCUGAGCCCCUACCUGGUCUCGUUUGGCAAAGAUAGCCGGCAGUGCAUCGGUAUGCCGCUGGCCUACUGCGAGUUGUACGUCACUGUGGCCACCAUGUUCCGCAGUCUGGGCGGCGAUCUGGAGGUGCACGGCACGCGGCCCGAGGAUCUGGUCUUUGAAGACUACUUUUCCGGCUAUCAUCCGGAGAAGGCGAACCCAUUCCGCGUGCGCCGUGUAGCCAGACAGGCCUGA